CUAGUGUUCCAUAGUCAAAUGUCAAACUCACGACGUCACGCGACCAACUCUAGAAUAUUCAUAAGACGACGAGGAAAAAUUGCAAGUUCGACUUCUGCUACCUGCGAAAUAAUGUUUCGUCGUUGAAAGAUGUUGCGAACGUUUCAAACACAUUUCUUAUUGUUGCACAAGUGGAGCUUUAUCGUCGGGAUCUUAUUACUGUAUGAUGUAUCACGACAUGUGUCGCACGGGAUCGAGACGAUUAACCUCAAAAAUGAGAAUAUUACCGAUAACAAGGUCACGUUUGCGGUGACGGACAGUCCAAGUACUUUACAUACCACGACAAAUGUCAGUAUUUCAGCAGAAUUGUCUAGCACAGCGCGAUUCGCUAACAGUACAAACAUUAUCGAUAGUCACAACGCUAGUUCAACCUCCACUGUAAAACCUGUUACAUCUCUAAAUACACCUGUACAGACUGAUAAUAUUGUCAACGACCGGACGACAGAGAAAAUCGAUACGGUAUCGCCGAGUUUUAUCAACGUUAAGAAUGCAACGAUCAUCUCUAUAUCAUCGCAGAGUCCAGAUGUUGUCAACUCAACAAACACCAGCACAACCACCGUUGCUCCAGCGGAACCAGUCCUUCCCGACAAAGGUUCCGCUGAGGAAGAGCAUAACAGCUCCAUGUCCAUAUUCUUUGUAUUGUGUGUCUUAGCACUAGGCAUAUUAUUAAUACAUCUGAUGCUGCAAACCAAUUUCCAGUACCUUCCUGAAUCAGUAGUGAUUGUCUUCUUGGGAGCUGCGAUUGGCAUGAUUAUAAAUCUUAUGUCGCAUCAGAAUAUAGCCAACUGGAGAAAAGAGGAGGCUUUCUCGCCGACCGCAUUUUUCCUGGUUCUGCUUCCGCCCAUUAUAUUCGAAUCGGGAUAUAAUUUGCAUAAGGGAAAUUUCUUCCAAAACAUCGGCAGUAUUUUGGUAUUUGCUAUUUUUGGAACAGCUAUCUCUGCAUUUGUCAUCGGCGCCGGGAUAUAUCUGCUAGGUUUGGCGCAAGUAGCGUACAAGCUCAGUUUCGUCGAGAGUUUUGCAUUUGGAUCAUUAAUAUCAGCAGUAGAUCCUGUUGCCACAGUUGCAAUUUUUCAUGCUCUUGAUGUCGAUCCAGUCUUGAAUAUGUUAGUUUUUGGAGAAUCAAUUUUGAAUGAUGCUAUUUCCAUUGUAUUGACAACUUCUGUCUUGGAAUCCAACAAUGCGACAACAACCAGUGAGGCUAUAAUACUUGGCUUGAAUCGAUUUUGCCUCAUGUUCUUUGCGUCAGCCGGAAUUGGCGUUGUUUUUGCUUUAAUAAGUGCAUUACUGUUAAAGCAUGUAGAUCUGAGGAAGAAUCCAUCUUUAGAGUUUGGCAUAAUGUUAGUGUUCACAUAUGCCCCAUAUGUUUUAGCAGAAGGCAUACAAUUGUCAGGAAUUAUGGCAAUUUUAUUUAAUGGAAUAGUCAUGUCACACUAUACACAUUUCAAUUUAUCAACUGUUACACAGAUUACAAUGCAGCAAACAAUGCGAACUCUAGCCUUUAUAGCUGAGACUUGUGUUUUUGCAUACUUGGGAUUAGCGUUAUUUAGUUUUAGACAUAGGUUUGAGCCAGCGUUAGUCGUUUGGUCCUUAAUCUUGUGUCUGAUUGGAAGAGCUGCCAACAUCUUUCCACUGGCCUUACUCGUUAAUCGUUUCCGCGAGCAUCAAAUCACGAAGAAAAUGAUGUUUAUCAUGUGGUUUAGCGGCUUGCGCGGUGCUAUAUCAUAUGCACUAUCACUUCAUUUAGAUUUCAGUGAUGAAACACGUCAUGUUAUUAUAACAACGACGCUCAUAAUCGUAUUGUUUACGACGUUAAUAUUUGGAGGUUCUACUAUGCCUCUGUUAAAAUUCUUGAGAGCCGAAAAGAAACAGAAGAGUAAUAGCAGAAGAAAGAAGAAGGAUAAGGAAGUUUCAUUGAGUAAAACUAGAGAAUGGGGACAAACUAUAGAUUCUGAACACUUGUCGGAACUCACAGAGGAGGAAAUGGAAGUAUCUUUUCUACAAUCGCGAAUUCGUGGUUUUGCAAGAUGGGAUCUGAAAUUUUUCAUUCCGUUCUUUACAAGGCGAUUCACACAACAGGAGUUAAAAGACUGUAAAUCACAGAUGACAGAUUUAACGAAUCAAUGGUACCAAGCUAUCAGAAUCAGUCCAAUAGAAUCGGAUGAAGAGGCAACCACGGCAUCGACCGCCCAAUUAAACCUGAACAUUAGUAAAACAGCCAAGGAACAAUCACAUGGAAAAGAGAAGAAUGGGCGUCCUAGACACGGAAUUGAGGAGGAUUGGUCUGAUUAAUGUCCAACUUAUUCCCACUAAUGUUGCGAAUUAUAUUUACUUGCCUGUAUUAAAUUUUUCAUAUAAUUUUUUAUAUAAUUUUUCAUAUAAUUAUAUAUUUGUUAUGAAUAUAUGAAUAGAAGAGAAUAUAUUAUUUACACAAUCUGAUAUUUUUAUCGGUAUUAGAGAUACAUGCAAA